AGGCUGGCACACAAAAGCAAUCUCACUUGCCACUACAAUAUAACAUAACAUAACAUACCUUUCUUCUCAUGUAAACCUGUCUUUUUUUCUCUCCACGUUUAGCAUAUCCUUUACCUCCUUAACGACCAAGCAAUUCAUCAUCUACUUAUUACCAAACUUCACAACAAAACUUAAAAAUUAAAUUUCAAAGAAUCAUGGGAGCUGAUUGGGGACCAGUUAUUGUUGCUGUUGCUUUGUUCAUUGUCUUGUCACCAGGGUUGCUCUUCCAGUUUCCAGCAAGGAGUAGAGUUGUGGAAUUUGGUAACAUGAGUACUAGUGGAAUUUCUAUUCUGAUUCAUGCUAUUAUAUAUUUUUGUAUACUUACUAUCUUAAUUGUUGCAAUUGGUAUUCAUGUACACUUUAACUGAAUCCAGAUUUUCAUGCAAAGAAAAAUAAUUGAAUUAAAUUUUGUUUGUUAGACAUGACAAACAUGCCAUAAGUAUGUUUGUGUUUACAUUAUUAUUAUUUUUUUUUGUUGUGUUUUUGGUUUCAUUUUAAGGUUUCUUACAUCGGUUUGUUCAACGAUGAUGUAAUAAUAUUGAGUUAUUGUUCAGAAAGAAAAAAAGAUAUGUAACUAUAGGAAUUAUAUAUUUUGUUACUAUAUAAUUUUUUAU